AUGGAAUUUUCUGGACUGAGCGACCAUGAUCUCGAUCUGGUCAUUGCCAAUCUUGAGGCCCGUGCCUCAGAGCGUCGCUACAAGAUUCGCAAGAUCGAAGCCUUGAGUGAAGAGCUCGGUCUCAACAUUCAUCAGCAGGAUUGGGCUGCUUUUCUGAGAAGACCUGCAUCAGGGUCCAGUCCAAGCAUAGCCGAUGGCCAAAGAACUUCUGACCAACACGAAGCACAAAAUCAGGCGGAUGCGCCUGGAAAUCUCGAGCCGACGCCUAUCCCUGAGACUCAAGCGGUUCACCAGCUCACGGUCGCGGACGAUGCCUCAGCCAACAGCUCCUCGGAUGUACAAGCCGAGCCUGCAACACCUCGUCGAUCUCUGCGGAUGCUUCGUGGGCUUAAGAGAGCCCAUUACCACUUGGAACAACAGAGGUCUGUAAGUGCCGAUUUCCACGAGGUUGCAGAGGUGGAGGAGUUCAGUGGUCCGCGCUCGCCCGUUCAGAUUCAAUCACUGCACCCCAAAGGCGGCGAGAACGAAAGUGGUGGUCGGAGCGACUCUUUAGAUGGUGUCGCCAGGCGGACCGCCUGGUCUGUUGUUUUGGAAACAUACCCCGAAGAGGUUGCCAAGAGAUUUAGGCCCGGCGAGCGUCCAACAAACAACCAAGUCAGGUCUAUGAAGCCAGCUUGA